AGAGGGUGUUUUCUAUCCUUGUUUUCUUUGCGUAACUGCUGAGCUUUGCUGUAUUGGAAUUGUUUUAAAUUAUUCAAAUUGCUGGUGUAGGUUUGGCAAAAGUGAGCAGAAUAAGCACUUCGGAAGGGCUCAUGAUUGCGGGAUAGGACCUCGGCCUCAUCAUUCCCGAUGGUAACAAUAAUCUGUGCAGCCUUGCAGUCUUGUUUUUACAGUGGCCGGAAUUCUAACAGAAAUUCGUUAUAGAUGAAAGGGAAAGGUUAUAAAAAAUGCAAAUGAUCAAGACUGAUGAUGGAAAAAUGUUACGACCUCUGUUAAAGAAAUGCGGGAGUUGAUUGAUUUCUUUAUAGUUUCAUCGAAUAGUCUCUCGCAGCAUCUAUGAAAAACGACCACCGUCUCUAUCCGUUAGCAAAAUCCUCCAAUUUUAUUUGUUUUUGUUGGUCUCAAAGACGAUUUGUCAGUUCGGCGGCUGCUUUUCCUCUUGCUUCUCAUUUUGAUUUACCUCUUCUUUGUUAUACAUCAGCUUCCUUUUCUGUCAGCUUAAAUUAAAAAGAGGAAGGAACUCUGAACGAAAAAGUCGUUUUUCGGGGCGAAAAGGGCAAGCUGAUAAGUGCUCUCCAGCAGAUUUUGGUGAAGAAAAUAAAGUUCCGUAUUUUAAAACCCUCGCAAUUUUCCUUGCAGAGCAAGAGACUUAACUCGGUCCUGAGCUGAACGUUGACUUUUAGCCGGCUAAGGAGCACCUGUCCCUCGCCGGGAGCGCAGCCUUAGGAGCGGCGGAGUGCAGGAGGGCGUCUUUCCCCCCACCCACCUCGAUGACUCACAAGGAAGUCAAGGAAAAGGGCAGCUUGCCCGCACCCAAAAUGGCGGCCGGCGCUCUGCUCGACGGCGCCUGCGCAGGGGUGUAAAUUAAUUAUUUGAAAGCAGUUGAACAAUGGAGCCAGACAUCAUUCGAAUGUACUCUUCAUCUCCACCACCAUUAGACAAUGGAGCUGAAGACGAUGAUGACGAUGAAUUUGGGGAAUUUGGUGGGUUUUCUGAAGUUAGCCCUUCUGGUGUAGGGUUUGUUGAUUUUGAUACCCCAGAUUACAGUCGUCCUAAGGAAGAAUUUGUACCUUCAAACCAUUUUAUGCCAAUUCAUGAUUUCUCAGAAAAUGUAGAUAGCCUUACAAGCUUUAAGUCCAUGAAAAAUGGUAAUGAUAAGGACAUCACUGCUGAACUAUCUUCUCCUGUGAAAGGACAGUCUGAUGUUUUACUUUCUACCACCAGCAAAGAAAUAAUUUCAUCUAAAACUUUAGACACUUCCAUUGAUGGCAUAGAAAAUCCAAGAGAUUUAAAUAAAGUGGUGGAACAGAGACAGAAUGUUGGAACACCUGAAAGUUUCUCCCCAGGAGAUUUUAGAACUGAUAUGAAUGUUGUUCAUCAAAACGAGCAGUUAGAGAGCUGCAAUGGUGAAAAGCCUCCUUGUUUGGAGAUUCUAACAAAUGGGUUUGCAGUAUUGGAAACUGUAAAUCCUCAGGGAACAGAUGAUCUGGACAAUGUAGCUGAUUCAAAAGGACGAAAGCCUCUUAGCACUCAUAGUACUGAGUUUAAUUUAGACUCUGCACCUAGUCCUGCUGAGGAAUUUGCAGAUUUUGCCACAUUUUCCAAAAAAGAAAGGAUACAACUAGAAGAAAUAGGACAUGCAGUUUUAAAUGAUAGAGAAGCACUAACCAUUCAGGAAAACCAUGAAAUUAAUAGAGUCAGUGAACCGAAUUCUGUAAAAGAAGUGUGUUUGGAUGGAAGCUUUGGCAAUGAAGGAGAUACUGCUAGAGAGGAUGAGGUUUGUGUUUCAGAAAUAAGCAUAGUGAGUAACAGAGGUUUCAGCAAUGGAAAACAAGGCCUUCCAACAUUGCAACAGGAUAAAUUUUUAAAUUCAAGUGUUCAAUCAAAGGCUUGGAGUUUGGUAGACUCAGCUGAAAGUUCAGAAACCAGUAGGAGAGACCAAUGUAAAGCUGAGGAAGAACUUGAUAUAUUUACUUCUAAAUGUCCUGACCUAUGCAUGGAUUCUAUUACUAAAACUUCUGAUGCCGAUGAUGUUGGGUCUUUUAAAGAAGAAAGCAGAAAGUUUACUGAUUCCCAAAGCGCCAGCAUUGCUCCUGUAGAAGAAAAUGUUUUGGAUGAUUCUAUAAGUGUAAAAAAUGGUGAUAGUAGUAAUGACUUUGUGACUUGCAACGAUACCAAUGAGGAUGAUUUUGGUGACUUUGGCACAGCCAGUGGCACAACCCCACCUUUUGUUACUGGUACCCAAGAUUCAAUGAGUGAUGUCACUUUUGAAGAGUCUUCAGAGCACUUUCCACAUUUUAGUGAACCAGGUGAUGACUUUGGAGAAUUUGGGGAAUCAAAUGCUGUUUCUUGCCAAGAGGAAAUUAUAUUUACCGAGUCAGACCUAAAACAGACAUCUGAUAGUUUAUCAGAGGGAUGCAGUUUGGCAAGAAAGUCUCCUGGGACAGGCACUGAACCUGUUUCAAAACUGAAAAUUGGGCAAGAAGGUGAGUUUGGAGAUUUUGAUUCUGUGCCAAAUAGUCAAGAUGACUGCAGUGCUUUUCAAGACUCUGAUGAUUUUGCAGACUUCAGUUCAGCUGGUCCUAGCCAAGCUGUAGAUUGGAAUGCUUUUGAGGAUGGACAGAAAGAUAGCUGCUCUUGGGCUGCUUUUGGAGAUCAGCAAGCUACUGAAUCUCAUCAUCGAAAGGAAGCCUGGCAGUCACAUAGGACAGAUGAAAAGAUUGAUACCCCAGGAACUCCCAAAAUGCACAGUGUCCCCUUAGCAGCUUCCAGAGGAGCAGUUGCUGGUGGUCAUUUACAGGAAACAGCCACUUCAGUUCAGACAGCUUUACUAAACCGCCUGGAGCGAAUUUUUGAAGCAUGUUUUCCUUCCAUAUUUGUCCCUGAUACUGAAGAAGAAGUUACUUCCCUGAAGCACUUGCUAGAAACAAGCACCUUGCCAAUAAAAACAAGAGAGGCCUUAGCUGAAAGUGGAGAACUGCUGGAUGUAUGGACCGAGCUGCAGGAUAUCCAUGAUGCACAUGGCUUGAGAUAUCAGUGGGGCGGCUCCCAUAGCAACAAGAAGCUUUUGUGCUCCUUGGGAAUAGACACUCGAAACAUUCUCUUCACGGGCAAUAAGAAGCAGCCUGUCAUAGUGCCCAUGUAUGCAGCAGGAUUGGGUAUGCUAGAACCCACCAAGGAACCGUUGAAACCACUAUCUGCUGCAGAAAAAAUUGCUUCCAUCGGUCAGACAACCACCAUGUCACCAGAUAUGAAUACAUGUACAUCUGACCAAUUCCAGGAGUCUCUACCACCCGUCCAGUUUGACUGGAGUAGCAGUGGCCUUACUAACCCUUUAGAUGCUAGUGGAGGUUCCACUCUUCUGAACCUUGAUUUCUUUGGGCCCGUGGAUGACAGUAGCUCUAGCAGCAACACCACAAUCCCAGGUGUGGAUCCAGAGUUGUAUGAGUUAACAACUUCUAAGCUGGAAAUCUCCACCUCAAGCCUCAAAGUGACUGAUGCAUUUGCAAGACUCAUGUCUACAGUAGAGAAGACAAGCACAUCUACCAGGAAACCGAAAAGAGAAGAGCACCUGAGUGAGGAAGCCAUCAAGGUGAUCGCCAGCCUUCCCGACCUGACGUUCAUGCAUGCCAAGGUGUUGAUGUUCCCCGCCACCUUGACACCUUCCACAGGCUCCCAAGAGAAGGCAGACGGAUAACUGGUGUGAAGUGGACACUAUCAGUUGCUUUCCCUUCUCUCCACCCUUCCCUACCAUCAAAAGCAUACCUGCUCUAAUUAAAAAAAAAAAAGAAACUCAAGUUCAGCUGAUUUGUUGGUAAGCCGCACUAGAAAGGUAUACAUAGUAAUGUAUAUUUAUUUACAUACUGAAGUCGUAAAUUUAUAUUAGAAACAAAUGUAAAUAAUCGGGGGUGAACAUUUUUGAAGAUUUAUUCUUUUUGUGUUGCUGGGGUGUAUACAUUUAUGUCUUUGUGAAAUACACUGGUGGUGUCCUUCUUACAAAACUUUUGAAAUAAAAAAAAGAAAAUUAAAAACUCAAAUCUCCACUGUCUGAAAUCCCUUUCAGUUUUUUCAGAUUGCAUUGACUGUCCUAUUAAUUUUUCAUAUCCUAUGUUGAAUUACUUUUGCUAUCAUAAAUAAGCUCUAUGUCCCCAUUUCAUUUUUUUUUUUAAAUUUAUGUGUGGUGGGUUUGUUUCAGAUCUGGCUUUUGUUACCAUUUUUUGUGCUCUUUUUUAAUCUUUUCAAUCUGGCCUUCUGCUCUUUGACCUUUUGCAAGGUACUUCAUCGACUGCUCUCUUGUUAUAGGUUAUGGAUCAUUGUCAGAAUUUGAUUGGAGGGGUUUAACGAGAUUGUGUCUGUUUUAAAUCAGUUUGGUUUUGAGAAGGACCAAAUUAUAUGAAUGUCUUACAAUGAAAUUUACUUGUUACUGAUUUUUUUUUGUUCUACCAUACCACUAUUUUUUGAGGAUUUUGCACAGUGUAAAAUGACAUAAUCAUAGAUUGCUAUGGUUUAGGCUGUAUAUACAGUAAAAACUAUGGGUUUUAAAUGUUUGGGGAAAUUCCUAUGGAAAAAAGAGAGAGACAUGUAGAAGAACCUCUAACAAGGUUAAUGUGCAUGCCCAAGGUCUUUUGAGAUUUCAGUGUGUAAAUUUCCUUUUAGCUUACACAAAAAUAAAAUACUUUAAAAGAAA